CGCGACUUGGUCGUGGAUGAAGGAAAAAAAGCUAACUGAUGGUGGUAGUAACCACUUUGCCGUAGGCACCACCAUGCUCAGAUUUGGUGUAGUGUUUUGGAGGAGAGGAAAUAAUUGAGUACAGUAUGAAGCAACGCAAUUUAUGAAAUAGCAGAGGUUUUUUUGGAAUCGUAGGAUACUUCCUCUCGAACGAUCAAUUUGUAGAGGUGUAAUCAUCAAGUCAAAAGAAAGAGAGCUAUCAAAUACCGAAAGUUUCUAAAAAGCAAUUCUGGUUGACUUGGUCCCUAUACUGCUACUCUAUAAACUUAAAUGUCUUCAAUUGUAGAACAAGAUGGUCAGAAGCAGCUUGACAACUAUGUCAAACAACAGCUGCGGUUUAUUGAAGAUUCAGAAAAACAAGAACUUGAAGAAGUCGAACAACGAGUCAAGACGCUUUCUCCCGGGACAUUACAAAACAAUGGACUAGCUUUAUUGAACAUGAGAAUUGCUUCGGGUCGUACUGGUCUUGGCGGAAAAAUGAUUUUGGAGCUCGAAAGAGAUGCGGGUUUUUGCAGCAUUCCAGCACUUCCAGCUCAUUCUUUUGGUACGGGUGAUGUAGUUCGGAUUCAAGAAUCUGGUGCAUCUAAAAGUCUGAAUUCCGCAGACUCUUCGAUUUCUUGGGACGCAGUAGUCGUUCGAGUGCGUGAGAACACUAUUAGUCUUGCCUUGGAAAAUGACGAUAAAAUUCCUGACGGUCGAAAGCGACUAUGGAUUUUCAAGCUGGCGAACAGAGUCACCUUUGAGAAAAUGAGAUCCUGUAUUCAGCAGCUUUCUAAGAUAUCCCUAGAAUCGAGCACUCCUUUGGUUUCUGUUCUUUUAGGAAUGCGUAAAUCAACGCUUGCAAGCGAAGAACUCGCCUUAACGUAUUAUAACACAGACCUCAAUGAGAGUCAGAAAAAAGCAGUUUCAUUUGCAGUCUCUGCACCCGAACUCGCGCUAAUCCAUGGCCCUCCUGGAACGGGAAAGACGCAUACACUUGUGGAGGUUGUUCGACAGUUUGCAAAGUUAGGACAGCGUGUCCUCGUUUGCGGUCCCUCAAACUUGUCAGUAGACAAUCUCGUAGAGCGAUUGGCUCCGUGUGGUAUACCAAUGGUGCGACUCGGUCACCCAGCUCGGUUGCUGCCGGGAGUCGUCAAUUACUCUUUAGCCUACUUAAGCCGUACGGGAAACGCCGGUGAAGUUUUGCGUGCUAUCAGUCAGGACGCUGAUGCGUUGCAUGCAAAGAUAUCAAAAACAAAAAGCGGAAGGGAGAAACGUGAGAUUUACAAGUCCAUUCGCGCGCUUAACAAGGACUAUAAAAAAUACGAAGACAAAGUCGUUCGUGACAUUAUCGCAAGAAGUCAAGUAGUGUUUGCAACGUUGCAUGGAGCUGGCUCAAAACUUUUAUCUCACAAACAGUUUGAUGUAGUAAUUAUUGAUGAAGCCUCGCAAGCUCUUGAAGCGCAGUGUUGGAUUCCGUUGUUACAAACAAAAAAGGCUAUUUUGGCGGGUGAUCACCAUCAGCUACCUCCAAAUGUUCGCACAAAAGGAAGAUAUGUUUCGUUGUUUGAGAGUCUUCUUUCACGCUACGGUCCGCGAGUAAAGCGGUUUCUGAACGUGCAAUAUCGCAUGCAUGAAGUAAUUAGUGCAUUUUCGUCCAAGUCUUUUUAUGAGGGACAACUGAAGCCCGAUUCUUCAGUGAAAGAUCGUUUGCUGAAAGACUUGUCCGGUGUCGAAGAUACCGACUUGACAAAUGAUGCGCUCUAUUUUUACGACACGAUGCAUGAAUAUUUUGAGGAUGAGAAUUCCGUGUCAGAAAAAUCUGUUCUUCUGCAAAUGAGCAAAAGCAAUCAGUGGGAAGCAAAAAUUGUUUGUAACCACGCAGCUUCCCUUGUUGACGCAGGCCUGAAUCCUUCUGAAAUUGCUAUCAUCACACCCUACAAUGCCCAGGCUACACUUCUCCGUAAUCUGUUGCAUGAACGCAAUUUGGCCAUUGAAGUUGGUAGCAUUGAUUCGGUGCAAGGACGUGAGAAAGAGGCGAUUAUCUUUUCUCUGGUUCGCAGUAACGAUGAAAGAGAAAUUGGUUUUAUGUCUGAAAAACGUAGAUUGAAUGUUGCUAUUACGAGAGCGAAACGGCAUCUGUGUGUUGUCGGCGAUGCUAUGACUGUGAGGAACGGAAGUGACUUUCUCAAAUCGUGGAUUGACUAUAUGGAAGAAAAUGCCAUUGUACUGGCGCCGACUGAGGAUGAUCUGAAAUAGACAUGAUGAUACUCUGGGAAUACUAUUGUGAUGAUCUUACGAAAACAGUAUAAAUGUCAUCAAAAAAAGGUAGAUACAUCAAAUGCAACGAGUGCAGUAAGUUCGAAAUAUGUCACUUGUUACUAAUAAUACUACUGUUACUACUGUUACCACAUCCAUGUAUUUCUACUAUUACUACCAUUACUACUACUACCAUUACUAUUACUACCAUUACUAUUACUACCAU